GCAGUCCGAUCUUUUUUCAAGACCUUCCACCUGAGGCAACUUCAACACACGUGCAAUAGAAACCUAAGGAAAUAUGGCGGAGAAAAGGAAGCUUGGCUUUGCAGAGAACUUUGCCCUGAGCGGUGUUGCAGCUGUCAUCUCAAAGACUGCGGCUGCUCCUAUCGAACGUAUCAAGCUUUUGGUUCAAAAUCAAGAUGAGAUGCUCAAGUCUGGACGUCUUGCAGAGCCAUACAAGGGUGUCAUCGAUUGCACGAUGAAAACCUAUCGUUCUGAAGGAUUCUUGCCUUUCUGGAGAGGCAACUUGGCUAACUGCAUCCGUUACUUCCCAACACAAGCUCUUAACUUUGCUUUCAAAGACAAAGUAAAAGCAGUUUUCAAGAUCAAUAAGGCGGACUCAUCUGCCAUGAAGUUCACCAAGAACAUCGUUGCCGGUGGUUGUGCUGGAGCAAUGUCGCUUGUGUUCGUAUAUUCCUUGGAUUAUGCUCGAACCAGGCUGGCUAACGACACUAAGGCUGCUGGGAAGGGUGCUGAACGUCAAUUCAACGGUCUGGUUGAUGUCUACCGAAAGACCUUAAAGAGUGAUGGUAUUCAGGGCCUCUAUAGAGGAUUUGCCAUUUCUUGCGUAGGCAUCAUUGUCUACCGUGGUUUCUACUUUGGUCUCUAUGAUACUCUGAAGCCAAUAAUCUUAGGAGAAGAUGCAGGUGUUAUUCUAUCAUUUGGUCUUGGUUAUGCUGUGACUGUCAGUGCAGGUCUUGCAUCAUACCCGAUUGAUACCAUCCGAAGACGUAUGAUGAUGACAUCCGGAGAAGCUGUGAAAUACAAGGGGUCGUUUGAUUGCUUCAUCCAAGUUGUUAGUAACGAGGGCCCCAUGUCCUUGAUGAAGGGAGCUGGUGCUAACAUCUUGAGAGGUGUCGCUGGAGCUGGUGUGCUUGCAGGCUUUGAUAAAUUCAAGGCUCUGUAUAUGGCAUGGCGUCUCAAUUGAACAAUGAUAACUUAUUGAACUAUCGCAUAUGAACUACAGUCACCUCUAACAAAUCUUGGACUAUUUUCAACCAGGCACUGACAAGUGAUUUGUAGAAAUAUUUAUGACUUUUUCAGGAAAAAUAAUUUCACAAUGAUAAACCCUUAACUAUGUUUUAUUUUCUU